AUGUACCACUACAACCCCUCAACUCGAAUGAAGCUGUCGCUGCGAUGCGACAAAGAAGAUCCCGAAUGUAAAAGAUGCUUAGAUAGCGGCCUCGCAUGCUCAUAUCCGCAGAGGAGAAAGCCUCGGACUACUCGAAGCUCCGAGCUCCACCACCUGGGCCAUCGGCUGGAGGCACUGGAGGAGCGCAUGGGAGGCACAGAGACACCCCAUCCAAGGACUACACCACCAACACCUCCCCCAACCCAGACCAACCGGCACACUGAAGCAGAGUCGAGGGAUAUUCCUACCGAAUCAUCUGAGACCCGCAGUAGCACAUGGAUCUAUCGCAUGGUCAGCGGAGCCAAGGACAACAUUGAACACCUCACCAGCGAAGCUUCGUCGUCCUGGACGCGGUCCACUGUCGACAACGCGAUCACCCGGCUGGACACGGCUCUGGUCAAUUUGGCUGCCCCAAGCCCUAGACCCGAUCACAAUGUCCGCGACGAACCGAUAAACCGCUUGCCAGUCAGCGACAUCAAGCGAUUCAUAGAUGUAUUCCUCGAAGUCAUUCUUCCCAACCUAAGCAUAUUCGACUCGUUUGCAACCCUCGUUGAUUCCGAAUUCUUGCGAGCCAUUCCCCAUGUCAUCGGAUCACCGUAUGCCAUGAUUGAGCCAGUCAUGCAGGUUAUCUACUUUAAUGCGAUAUAUUUUGGGCAAACUGCUGGCACAGGUGCAGAACAAAGAGCAGCAGCGAAAACCUACUAUCGAUGCCUCCAAGUUGUUCCGAAGUGGCUGGCCUCGGCCCAAGGCUCGCACCUGGAUCUCAUUGCUGCUUCCCUAACGGCAUGGAUGGGAAUCAACAACUUCGACUACCAUUUGUCAUGGCAGUUCCACCGCGAGGCUUGUCGCUUCGGGGACCUACUAGGCAUCCACGAUGUAGAUUCACUCCCGACGGGCACUGCGCAAGAGGAAACCGAAAAGGAUGUCAAGCGCCGAAUGCACUGGUAUCUGGUCGAAAUGGACCUUCUCUUUAGAACCUGGUACGACAAGCCCACGGCUCUGGGGUGUCCCAUCGGCCAGGUCCGACUGCCAGCGGAGAUAUCACCGCAAACCAAGCAGCCCAAGCCCCACAACUGCAUCCUGUUCCUGGUCUGGUCCCGAACCCUCUUCAUCAUGGCCAACUUCUUUAAUCAAGUCGAGUCUAGUACGGCCAGUGACCAUCUCGGGAGCACGGCCGAUACAUGCUGCAUGGAGCUAGAAGAGCUGGUCAGUGACUGGGACCUCUUAUCACUAGCCAGAUCGCCCAACCUGGGCCGGGUGAAAUCUUGGCUCUUUCUCGAGACGGUCAUCGCCUUGCAUCUUUUCAUCAUCUUCAUAAACCGGAAAGUGUCAAGCGCCGAGCAGAUUGUGCAUCCACAAGCAGUUCGGUCCGCUAGACUUAUCAUCAGCAUUAUCCUCGAGAAGUCGGAAUCCCCAAUCUCGCCCUGGGGGAAACAGGACGACUUUCAGACACACUUUCUGACAUUCUAUCCCUUCGGGGCCUUCUUCACCCUGUAUUAUCACAUCCUGUCUUCUACUCAACCUGAUGAGUACGAAAAUGACCUCCGCACGCUCGAGAGGGUUGUAAACAUGAUGGCCGCGGCAGCCGUCAUCCGCCCCGACUUCGCCCCAAUCGCCGACGCCGUGAGUGCCCUGAACGAUGUCUGCCGGGCAUUUCACUCGGGACAAAAGAAGCCCGCUUUUACCAUCAGCUACGCAGACAUGCCGCCGGACAAUCCAUUACUUCUGUUGCCCAACGAACAAGAGGCCGGUUCGUCGACUGCUGCAGACUUGCCGCCGCUUGAGGCUCUCCAGAACCUCGCCUCCAUCAUGCCGCUUCAGACAGAGGAGGCACUGGACGAUGCGUUUGGGAUUCCAUUUCAGCUUCAACCUCAAGUUGCACCCAGCACGCAGUCUGGGCUGGUCACGGAGACGGAGACAGUGCAGACCAUGGCACAACCCUUGGACUUCGUGCGGGCAGUCGAGAAUGAGUUGACCUGGCGCAACUGGCACGAGAGCUGGUGGAAUUCACAAGCACCCGGACCUAGCUGA